UUCCUCAUCUAUUAAGAGACAGGUAGAUAUAUAUAUAUAUAUAUAGUGUAUAGUGUAUUUUGUCGGCUCGAGUUUGCUCAACGAUCGAGCCGAGAUCAGCAGGUGCGUGGGAUUUUUCCCGCCAUUUAACUGUUUCUGUAAUAUCGUUCUAAAUUUUUUUUUUUUUUUCUUUUUUUCUUUUUUAGACAAUACUUACAUCCAACGCAGGUUGGAUGAAGCUUGUCCAACCUGGAUACGUGGCCCAAUCAGGACAUGACAAGUGUCCAUAAAACACUAUUGAACUUAAGUUGAAUACUACCCAACUUAAAUGGGUUUGACCCGACCGAACACUUUGCUCUCUCCUAAAAUCUGCAGCGAUUACAGCGAUUUCAGAAGAUCGCUCCCUUUGCUCUCUCCUAAAAUCUGCAGCGAUUGCCUAUCAAUCCCACCACUGCUCACCCACCAAGCACAACCAUCAAUCCCAAACACAGCAGCCAUUACACCCAAAUAGCAGUCCCUAAUCGAGAGAGAGACGUAUUCGCAGGCCACUAUCCCCACCAUCUCCGCCGGAAUGAACUUCGAGCACAGACUACAUCGCCGGAAUGAACUUCUCCGACCACUCGCCGUCACGCGCUCAUGCGAGUAGAUCUAACGCUUUUACACGCGCACACGCGCCUCUUCUUCUCCGGCGAUUGCAAUACAAGCUCUGAUCCAAUCCACGGGCUGCAAAUCCUCCAUUCUCUCCAAUGCCGUGAAGAUACCGUCAAGGUGGAGGACUGGGAUGGGUUGAUGAGGAAUUGGGACGACGUGGUGAAGGAGAUUGAUUAAGAUGUUUGUAGAGAGAGAAAGGAUAGAAUCUCACAUAAAUGGGUUUUUCCCGAAAAUAUAUGGGCAAUGCCCAAUUAAAUUUUAUAUAAUUAUAAACACGUGUCGGAAUUCUAUUGGGCCACGUACCAGGUUGGACAAACUUCGUCCAACCUGGGUUGGAUGCAAGUCUUUUUUUCAAGAUUGUUAAGGCCCCGUUUGGGAGUAGUUUGAGAGCUUCCCGAUGCCUCCCAAACGGCCCCUAAAUCUGUUACAUUGAGAUAUAUAUAUAUAUAUAUAUAUAUCAUCUAAUACGAGCUUUGAACUCAUCCUUCUCUCUGAUACUCUCUCUCGUUCUUCUCUCUGAUACUUUCUCUCUCUACGUCCCACCGUCUUCAUAUACUUUCAAUCUCAUUCUAUACCAGUUGAAGAUUAACAAUGGCUUGCGAGAAUGACAAAUACAACUCUCGCUGUGAAGAGGACCCAACACCACAGGCAGUGAGUGAACCAUCUACUGUGCUGUCAAGGAAACAUACCUCAUCUGUGCCUGGUAACUGGAAAGACUCGGAACCAUUGGGUGUGAGGUUCAUUCCUGAAGAAUGGGAAUUGUUCCUGUACCUCCGGUUGAAGGUAUCUGGGAAUCAAAUACCUCCUGGAAUCAUUGAGGAGGUAGACAUAUAUCAAUUCGAUCCGAUCCAACUAGAAGGAGCUUUCUCUUCCUGCACACAUAAUAGAAUGAUGUAUUUCCUAACCCCACUGCAUAAGGUGGGGUCAAGGAACCAGCGAGAGGCUACAAAUGGAACUUGGAGAAAAGAGAACAAAACAUCAGUGAGUGAUGCAUUGGUAGUGGUAGGGGAGAGGGGAUCUUAUAGUUUUGAUAGGAAAGUUAAGAAGGUUGGACAAACAAAAUUUCUAAUGAGAGAGUACAAGCUCAAGGAAAACACUGACUGGGCCUUGAGUGUGGUAUACCCUGGACCACGAGAGAGAAGACAGACCAGUGAUGAAUUUAUAUUUACUGACUGGUUCAACAAGAUGACGUCAGCAAAAGAGAAGGGAAAUGAUACGGAUGAUGGAAGUGAUUUAUCACUGUCUCUCUCUCUUCCUAAAAGGAGGAAUGUUAACCUCGAAAACAGGGUGCCAUCUGAUGCUAUUGCGUGCAGGCGUGCAGUGGUUCGUUCUCCCCACUUAGUGAAGCUUGCUCAAGAAUGGCCUUGAUUGCAGUACAUCAAAUAUUGGAAAACAUUGGCUACAGAGAUGAUGAAGGAGUGAUGACAGAUUAGAUCUCAUUUCAAAUGCAAGACAAGUCAAAGAAAAAGGGUGAUGCUGCUUUCCAAGAAAAAGAUUUUAAAACUGCAAUCGAGUGCUACACGCAGGUUAUUAUCAUUUUUAGUUGGUUACAACAAGCUCUUUUAUGUGUAUGCAUCAAUGCAUGCGUGUUUGUAUGUCCACAUCUAUACAUUUACUUUGGGAGCUGAUAAAAAUUUCAUGACAUGUUUUUUACCUGAUAUGGUGGGAUAACACUCACUUGAACAAAUAGCCUUUUCCCAGUUGAUGUGAUA